AACGUUUUCAACAUUAUACAGAAUGGGUCGUUUCACCUUACUGGCAGCGGUUUUCGCUGGAUUAGUGUGUUUGAUCGAUAUUUCUCCAGCAUUAGCCCAUCCAAGUGCAAUUAAACCGCCUACCGAUGCGUCGCAAAUGCCAAACAUCCCCAGCCCGGGCGAUUUUCCCAGGCCCCCCGGAAUGCUGCACAAACGGGUAUCACGUCAGGCUCCACCUGAAAUUCCCGGACAAGAUCAGUUCCCUCCACCGCCGCCGCCACCGCCCCAGAUGCCUCAGAUGAGAUCCCGUCGAAACGCUAGGACAUCGAUCGAAAUGACCAACAUUCUGCCGGCACUUGAAACCAUAUCGUACAUUUCGGUGGCACGUGACAAACGAGCCGCCAAGGGCACUGGAGGCAAGCUACCCAGUAAGGCUGGAUGAAAAGUAGAAGAGCAAACCUGAUUCCUUCAACAAUGUUUCUUAGCUGAUGAGUUCGCUUUCCCUUUGUUGCCCGUUAUCCAUAAUAUAUAGGGGUGUGACGAAUAGCAUAUUCAUAUGUACUACAAUCAAAUAAAUUACCAUGCAAGCAAUGAA